GGCGCGCAGCGCAGGCCGGGACAUAAGUAGCGGCGCGGGGGCCUGCUCGCGGCCCGGCCCCGCCCCGCCCCGCCCGGCCCGAAGGAAGAACGGCCGCCGGCCCCUCGCGCUCGGCGGGGGCGGGGCCCUGGGGCGCUGGUGCUGGGGGCUGCCCGCCAGCGCUCUGGGGACACAGCCUGGGUCGGCGUUCGGCUGGCGCUGUCUGCGGCCGAGCGCCUUCGGUGACUCAGCUCGUCGGCCGCUGCGGGCCGUGGGAGAGCCAGGCAGAGCCAGUCGAGUGCCGUUGUCCCUCCCCUCGCUCCGCGGGCUGCGGUCUCCAUGGUCCCUCGUCCGGCGCGGGCCCAGGAGCCACAUGGCCGCACGUGGCAGAGAUGCCAUCGCCUGGUACCAAAAGAAGAUUGGAGCCUAUGACCAACAGAUAUGGGAAAAGUCUAUAGAGCAGACUGAGAUGAAGGGCUUCAAAAAUAAACCCCAAAAAAAGGGCCACAUACAGCCUGACCUGAUAGAUGUUGACUUAAUCAGAGGCUCCACAUUUGCCAAAGCCAAGCCUGAAAUCCCGUGGACGUCACUAACUAGAAAGGGGAUUGUGCGGGUUGUGUUUUUCCCAUUAUUCAGCCGUUGGUGGAUACAGGUUACAUCCCAGCGUAUUUUUAUGUGGCUUCUGGUGCUUUACCUCAUGCAAGUUAUAGCAGUCAUGUUGUAUUUCAUGAUACCUGUUGCAAGUGCAAGUGAAAUCAUUGGACCAAUGUGCCUUAUGCUACUGAUGGGAACUGUUCACUGUCAGAUCGUGUCCACCCAGAUCAACAAACCCCCAGGAACCAAUGGAGGUGGUAGCAGCAGGAGGAGGAGAAAAUUACGCAAACCUGUGGGUAGUGAUGGGAGCAGAGAUGCUGGCAGCUGGUCUUCCUCUGACAAAACCAAUAAAGGAGAUAAGCAGUUGGAACCUACAUCCAUUAUCAACAGUUUAUUUGGCAUGCUCUUCCGCAGGAGGUUAAGGAGGGUGAAAUUGGUAGCUGAUAAAGGGACUGAAACAGAAAGUGGUGUGAGCUCUGUGUAUAGUGGCAUUAAGCACAGACUUUCCAGAUCCGAAUAUAGACUGCUGCAUUUCAAAGAGAGAGAGAGACUUUCAGAUGGGGAGAAGAGUCAUCGGGAUGGCUGCACACGUACGGGUGGCAUUUCUGAUGAGCUGUCAAGUGAGGAGGAUGCUGAAGCCAUGGCACAGAGGAUUUUGUUACGCAGAAGUGUAGAAGGGGCCUCCAGUGACAAUAGCUAUGAAGACAAGAAUAGGAAACCUCUUACUACUUCAAACCAGUCGGUUUCACAGGUCAAUCAAGCCAUUAAAGGUACCAGAGAGUCCGAUAGUGUGGUAGAAUCUGAACUAGACUCAACAGCCUUUAGUCAGGAAUCAAGGUCUUGUUUUAGCGGUGGGUCCCAGAGCUGCAGUGUGUCUCGGAGAGAUUCGGAAAGCACCCGCCAUGACUCUGAGACAGAGGACAUGCUCUGGGAUGACCUCCUUCAUGGGCCUGAGUGCCGUUCUUCCUACACCAGUGACAGCGAGGAAGGAAAUGUAAAAGGAAAUAAACGGGACCUGAAAGAUGAUGUUUUCCAACAGAACCAUUUGUUCUGGCUGCAGAAUACGAGCCCUGCAUCUGCAAAAGUAAGUGCCCUGAUCUGGGAAGGAAGUGAGUGCAAGAAGGUGGACAUGUCUGUGCUGGAGAUCAGCGGGAUUAUCAUGAGCAGAGUUAAUGCCUAUCAGCAGGGAGUAGGCUAUCAGAUGCUGGGAAACGUUGUCACCAUUGGGUUAGCAUGUCUUCCUUUCCUCUACCGGCUCUUCCAUUCAAAGAAUCUUGAACAGCUGCAAUCCAUUUCAGUGAAGGAACUUUUGAAUAUCUUUUGUGGGGCUCCUACCAUUACCCCUGUCAUUGUCUUGGCUGUGAUUAACUUCCUUGAGCGUCUCUGCCUGACUUGGAUGUUUUUCUUUAUGAUGCGUGUUGCUGAGAGAACGUACAAACAGCGGUUUUUGUUUGCCAAACUUUUUAGUCACAUAACAUCUGCCCGGAAAGCCAGGAAGUAUGAAAUCCCCCACUUCAGACUCAAGAAGGUGGAGAAUAUUAAAAUUUGGUUAUCACUGCGCUCCUAUCUAAAGAGAAGAGGACCCCAGCGAUCUGUGGAUGUAGUUGUGUCUUCAAUCUUUUUAUUGGCUCUAUCAAUUGCUUUCAUAUGCUGUGCACAGGUUUUAAAAGGGCAUAAAACAUUCCUGAAUGCAGCUUACAACUGGGAGUUUCUCAUCUGGGAAACAGCCCUCCUCCUUUUUCUACUGCGCCUGGCAUCAUUGGGCUCUGAAACCAACAAAAAAUAUAGUAAUAUUUCAAUCCUGCUCACUGAACAGAUCAACUUAUACCUAAAGAUGGAAAAGAAGCCAAACAAGAAAGAACAGCUCUCUCUAGUGAACAAUGUUUUAAAACUGUCUACAAAGCUACUGAAGGAGUUAGACACACCAUUUAGACUCUAUGGCCUGACUAUGAACCCUUUAAUCUACAACAUCACACGAGUUGUGAUCCUGUCUGCCAUCUCAGGUGUUAUAAGUGAUCUUCUUGGAUUCAAUAUCAGAUUGUGGAAAAUCAAGCCAUGAACUGGCCACUCAAGGCUCAGAGGAUUAUCAAACCAUCAAGACACUGGAUAGAAGGAAGAGAUUGGCUUGAGGCAGAGGUGGACCUAAAUUGUGGCAUAUUUUACACAUUUCUUUAUGUAGCAAAGAUGUUUUCUCACAUUGCUUAGUUUGAGGCUACAGAAUAAACUGGUUUAACUUGUGCAGGCAGCCCAGGACUUGCACACUAAGUUAACAAAACUUGAUUUGUCCAUCAAUAGGGAAAUGCCCUUAGAACAGCGUGUCAUGUUAAGGAGGGGCUAAAGUAUACAGCAACCACACAUUUUGGAGGGGGCCUCAAACCAGUAGGAAAACAAUUAUACAGGAUUCUAUUUCUGUAUGGAGAAGUUACUGCAGCAGGUUGGCUCUGUUACACAACUAACUUGCUGUGGCAGCUUCUCCAUUUCCUCUUAGUUAACAGGAGACCUUAAUUUCACUGCAGUAAGUCAGUACUAUGACUCCCAAUUACUGCUUUAAGAUCUAAAGAAGCUUUUCAUUUGUUAAAAUAGGGUGUUAAGGCCUUGACAAGAGGACUCACUUUCCUAAUAACUGUCCAGAACAUUCCAGGUGUUGGAUGGUUAGGAAGUAUAAAAUUCUGCUAUAUCUGUGCCUUUACAUAUUAGAGCAGAUCCCUGUUCCUUUUUCAAUCAGCUGCAUCUUCUUCCAGUGCCCCCAUUUGAUAAAAAGUGCAUGUGUGGAGUGGCUUCAAGUAAACAAACAUUCAAAUAAGUGCCUUUAGGCUAGAGAGUCCAAGUCUGCUUUGGACCUUCCCCUUUUAUUCUGUGCAGCUGCAGCCUUUCGUGAAAACCUCAGUCCACCCAAGACAAAUAUUGCCUCCCAGUUGCAUAGCAACAUUAAAGCCACUCUGCUGCACACACCAGGAGACUCUGAAGAACACUUAAUUAUAUGAAAACUAUAAACUCAUUAUUCUUGACUGAUAAGCCCUAAUAGAACAAGCAAAGCAUUCUCUGAGGGAAUAUAACACCUGUUCUCUACAACAGCUCAAUCUGUAAAGCACCAUCAGUAUAUAAAUACACUUUUCACAACACUAGUAGCAGUUAGAAAACUGAAUAGAGUAACAAUUUACAUAUAGCACUUCAAAUCUUUGGUAAUGAGUUGGUUAGAGUUUUGAGAAGGUGGGUUAAUAGGGCUGUUAAAGCAGUCUGGAAAAUAUUAAUGCUUUCUAUUUCUAUAGUGCCUUAGCUUUCUAACACAGGUAAGUAGUAGGCAGAUGUGGUGAAAGUGGAACAGAAGAUGAUUCCCAUGUUCUAAUGCACAGCCUCCUAAAAGCACAGAUGCCUUUUAUGCAACACUACUGAUACGGAACCUUGGACAAAGUAGUAAAUGGCCCCCUGGGGAAAGGACUGAUUGUGAAAACUAGGUAAGAGGCAGGAAUGAGAGAUUUCAUACUAAGGGGAGGUUAACAGUCUACAAAUGGUAUGAGGAAAGAAUCUAAAGCCACCUCCCUAGGAGAAAUUGUUAUGCUGUAAGUGCAGCUUGUGUUUUCCUUAGGCUGAUGACUUUGCUACUUUCUAAUAAAUAGUAAGUCAAUCAUAGGACUAAUAUUGUCAGAGAAAAGGAUACCUUUAAAUCCACUGUUCCAUCUCACACCAUAAAGGGACGAUGACAUAGGUCAUUUUUUGUAGUAAAUUGUUUAUGCAAAGCUAUUUUCUGUACAAUGCAAAGUAGUAAAAAUGUAAAAAGUGACAUUUAAAAUACAAAUAAAUCCAUGGAAGCAAACUCCAUCAAACAGCUGGUACUAUAUUUUGCAAUACUGUGGCUGAGUAUGUUACACUUGAAAAGGGAGGUAAGGUAACUUUCAGAUGACAAAUGCAAUUUAUCAUUGGAAAAUAUGGAUGUUUAGGGGUAAUUUGGGCUGUAUAUUUAGUUAAGACAGUUUUAAAGCAGACCGCAUCAUUGUAAAAUGAGUCUACAGCUAACAUUUAAAAGUGCAAGAAUGAACAGGCUGUGAAUGGGAGUUUUUUAAUAUCUCUAUAAAAAAUGAGCAAUUUACAGGUCUCUAGUCAGAACCUCAGUGUGUAUAUAAAGGUGCUGUACAAUAUAUAAACAUUUUACAUCCAUAUGUUGCUUAGCAUUCCAAGGCCACAUUGCUAAGUCACCUUAUACAGUAAGUACAGGUACAAGUUCUCUGGAAAAGACUCACAAAGAGGACAUCAAAGCAGGUCACACUGUUAACAAUUAGAAAACAGCAUUUGGAUGGAUGGGUACUUGCUGAUAACAAUUUCAAUGGUGCUAAUUCAUCUUAGUAUUAAAUUUCUGAAUUUGGUACUACUCUCAAUGGUAUAACAAGUGCAUACAACUUAAGAGGAUCCCACAGAUUUAUCAACCAAGAAUACAGGAUUAAUAUCUACAUAGGCUAACUCAUACUUUCACAGUCAAACUCUACAAUAUUGAGGAUUUGUACACUUUACACUACAGCAAAGUGAUAGAUUCAUAAAAUGUGAAGCAGCAGAGGACAGUUUAGAUGUUGUAAAAUAAACAGAUUUUAAAGCACUG